UGCCUGCCCUCAUUUCCAAUGCAGCAGCGACCAUGACAGGCAUCGCCGCUGCUUCUUUCUUUUCCAACGCUUGCAGGUUCGGGGGCUGCGGACUUCACUUCGACUCUCUGGCCGAGCUCAUCGUGCACAUCGAGGAUAACCACAUCGACACAGACCCCCGUCUUCUGGAGAAGCAGGAGCAGCAGCAGCCCACAUAUGUUGCCCUCAGCUACAUCAACAGGUUCAUGACAGAUGCUGCGCGGCGGGAGCAUGAGACCCUGAAGAAGAAGGUGCAGCCCAAGUUGUCUCUGUCUCUGACAGGCAAUCUGUCUCGCAGCAGUGUUUCCACUCCGCCUCGCCACACCAGUGGAAACCUCACCCCUCCAGUCACCCCACCCAUCACCCCAUCCUCUUCCUUCCGUAGCAGUACGCCUACAGGUAGCGAAUGUGAUGAGGAGGAGGUAGACUUUGAGGAGUCUGACAGUGAUGAGUCGUGGACCACAGAGAGCGCCAUCAGCUCCGAGUCCAUCCUCAGUUCUAUGUGCAUGAACGGAGGAGACGAGAAGCCUUUUGCUUGCCCCGUGCCUGGCUGUAAAAAGAGAUACAAGAAUGUGAACGGGAUCAAGUAUCAUGCCAAGAACGGCCACCGAACCCAGAUACGGGUGCGCAAACCCUUCAAGUGCCGGUGUGGGAAGAGCUACAAAACAUCUCAGGGUCUCCGCCACCACACCAUCAACUUCCACCCACCCAUCUCUACUGACAUCAUCCGCAAGAUGCAGCAGUAGAGACCGAGUGAGCGACCAGCACUGUCCCUCAGGCCACUUCCCAAACAUCUGAACAUCACCAUCACCAGCAAUGGCUGUCUGUCAUUCCACCCCGUUCACCCCCCUCCCCCCCCCCCCCCCCCCACAUGCUUAAACCCCUGCCCCUUCUCUUUCUCCCUGUUUUAUCCCACUUUGCUAUGACACUAUUUGUUAUUGCAUGGUUUAAAUGUGUUAUUAUUCAUCCUUAACUUUUAUUCUGAAUGUUGAAUCUUUCUGUAGUUCACAGUUUUGUAUUUUGCACAUUUAAGCUAUCAUUUAUCUGUUUGACUUCGACACAUGGUGCUCGUCGAUGAUGAGGGCUUGUUGUAGAUUAGAGAACGGCCACCAAUAGUCACGAGUAGCCUUGCAUGUACAGUAGGACCUCCUGCUUCAAAGGCAGUGUGAAGUCAGAGUAAACUGAGGAAAGAUUUGGAUGGUUGUUUUUAGAGAAAGGAGGCUCCGUUACCUUGCCUCUUUCUUAUUCGAACCGAAAAAUGUGACCGAGGCAAAUGAAAACAAUCAGAAUGUGUGCAGUAUAACAUUUUUCAUUUUCUAUCAGAUUUCUUGUUAAUAAUCAGUUGUUUGACUUAGUUACUUUUCUGUUCAUGUCACAAGUAUUCCAAACCUUUUUUCAUCUGUUUUACUGCAAACACGUGUGUGUGUGUGUGUGUGUGUGUGUGUGUGUGUGUGUGUGUGUGUGUGUGUGUGUGUGUGUGUGUGUGUGUGUGUGUGUGUGUGUGUGUGUGUGUGUGUGUGUGUGUGUGUGUGUGUGAGCACCAAAGGAUGAUCUCAGGUGACGUUUGCAAGCAUUUCAGCCCCACAAUCCUGCCCAAGUGUUGAUAGUAUUUACGCUGUUCAGUGGGAUCAUGGGAACUCUGUGUGUCAUUGUUGCCUAAUGUUCCCGAUCACGUUCCUGAAGACUUAAGCAGUUUUCCUUGUUGUUUUUACAGUAAGGGAUCGAAGCACUUUUUGUAACAAGUUGCCAACAAAUCAGCAUUUCUUUGCCAAUAUCUCGUUUCCGGUGUAUGUACAGUAGCUACCGGAACGAGACAAAAGGCCUUCAGAGCAGAAGUUUGCAGGUUCUGCAUUGUUCCGAUGGAAGAUGUAUACCAAACCUCCAGUGUUUCCAGUGUCGUGAAAUUUUUUCUGUAUGUACAGUAGUUGCCUUGAAUUGUAAACCAUUCCAAUCAGUGCAGAUCUUUGUAUGGCUUUAUUUUGACAGUUCAGAUAAAUUCAGUUGAACGCAGACGUCAAGACAGCUCAGCCCAGACUGUCUGCUGUUCAGACUCCCCCGGUCUUAUCAGACCAAGUGAUUGUGUUUGUCACAAUUCUUUCUUUGGAUAAAAGAAAGUUGAGGCCGACGUUAGCCAUGUAUUUAGAACAUUUUAUGUUGGGCUGUGAGAUAAACAAAUGUGGCUCCUACUGUGUGCCAUAAAACAAUAUGUCGGUUGAGGUCAUGUAGACACCAUUUAAUCCCGGAAAUAAUGAACCGCAGAUAAUUCAGAUUGGGGGGCGUAUCAACUUUGAGCCAUUAGGUAACAUCUUCACUGCAUGGAUGUUAAUUGUUAAUGAACUACGGUCCAAUUGAGAAUUGUGACGGUAAUGUACUGCCAGUAUGGAGGAAAGUCUUGAUAUAAGUGUACAGUGAAUGUAUUGUUAUGUGUUAAGUGCAUUAAAUUAUAUUUUCAUAUGUUUCUGGAGUUUAAAAAAAAACAAACAAUAGUAUAAUGUGUAGGAAAAGGCAACAUCAGAGGUUGUUUGGACAAACUAAUGGUGAUGUACUGUAUUUCUUCAAAAAGCUGCUUCAUGUAAACUUUUGUUACAUUUAGAAUAAAAGUUCCUCUGUGUG